ACUAACCGGCAUAUUCUUUUCAAUUGUGUAUUGAGAUUGGAAAUGUCAGCUGAAAACCUGCCUAGAAAUAACUUGUUCUGCUACCAUUCCUCUCUCUCUCUCUCAAUUUCCUCUUGUUCGUAUCACAAUCAAAGAGAAGACUAGAAAGACUUGCUUCUUGUUCCUACGAUCUCCAUGGCUUCCGGUGAUGUUCUUCCUCGUUUCUUCAGUGUCUAUCUUUCCCAGUACAGCUCUGACUCCUUGCUGAUACCAGUUUCGUACUACGAACACUUGCCGCGUCCGUUGCCCAAGACUGGCAUUCUCAUGGGCACUGGUGGAAAGAUUUGGAAAGUAGCAAUGAAGAGUAGGCAAGAGCAAGUGUAUUUUGAACGAGGCUGGGCCAAUUUUGUGGCGGAUAAUGACCUAAAAGAUGGAGAGUUCUUGAUUUUUGUCUUUGAUGGUUACAGACGCUAUGAAGUGAGCAUAUUCGGUCACGGAGGCUGCAAGGAGAUUCGUGCAGCCGUUGAAGUUGAAGAAAUCUUUGAUGGGACAGAGAGUGAAAACAAUGAGAGUUCUCUUGAAAGCGUCAGACAAGACGAGGAAGAAGAGACCAUUGAUGCUGAUGCAAAGAGUGACACUAACUAUUCUCCUGACACAAUAGAGAACCAACAGAUGGAUUUUGGGAUCAUAUUUUGAGGGCCACAGACAAUUUCUCUGAUUCCAAUGAAAUUGGACAUGAUGGCUUUGGUAAAGUCUAUAAGGGAAGAAAUCGCAGUUAAAAAGCUUGACGAGUCCCCAACACAAGGCCUCUCUGAAUUUAAGACCGAGGUUAGCGUGAUUGCACGCCUUCAACACGUUAACCUUGUUUGCCAAAGGUCUUGAUUUACGAGUAGUUGGAAAUCGGAUGAAAUCGACGAAAUCGGAUGUUUACAGCUUCGGAGUUAUUGUGCUUGAGAUUUUAACUGGCAAGAAGAACAGGACGUUCUCCCUGUCGGACCCCAACUGUGCUAAUCUCCUCAGCUAUUGUGGUCGACAAGCUCCAUCACUGUAGCCUAUAAUAACCCCAAGCCACGACUAAGCAUCAUCAAACCAAUAUAUAUUAUAUACAUAAUCAUUUAAUUAUGUUGAUACAUAAUUAGCUUCUAGGUUUGAAAUAACGAUUUGGUGAUUCAAACUAUGUUCUUUGUAGAUUGGUGAUUCUUCUUCAGGAGGGAUUAUUGCUGAAAAGAAACCUCUGAUUAAGGAGAACCACAACCCAGAAAACUACUCUGUUCUUGCAGCCAUUCCUCCGUUUCUCUUUCCAGCUCUUGGAGCGUUGCUAUUUGGUUAUGAAAUUGGGUGCUACAUCUUGUGCAACCAUUUCUAUUAAGUGCCCAGAAGCAUCUGUUUCUACCCUUCCAAAAGUUUCCAUUGUUCCUAAAGGUAGAAUCUGUUCCGAAAGGCACAAGACAAAUGUUUCCUCCUUCGAUCAUAACUCAAGCAACUACAACAAUAACAACAACCAUGUGAGAAAAGAUUCAGCCGCAGAGCAUAACCAUCAUCAUCAUCAUCUUAAGCCUUCAAAGAAACUGAAAUUAUCAACAAUGGAGAACAAGAAAGGAACAUUCCCAAGCUCAUCAUCAUCCCCAAUAGAAACAUUCAUCUUCAAGCAAGUUCAAUAAUCACUCCCGUUUGAUGCUGCCGCCUCCACCACCAACGAGAACACUCCAAAAGUCAUCCAUGUAUCCUCAUAAAGCUCGGAAAUUUCCAUGAACCGGCUGAACAUAAGAGUGGUGGACGUGGAUCCAUAUAAACCAAUCUUGUUUACUCAAGAAACCGGUAGGAGUCAUUUGUAAAUAUGAAUGGUGUCACGGUGUAGCCACACAGUUAUUAUAAGGUCUGUUGUGUUUAAAGUUUUCUGUUCUACGAGCCUAAUGAUGAAAAUUAAAAAUCUCAACUUCA